AGUAAGCGGAUUGAGUCUGUUCAGUCAGCGAAACUGCAGAUAGGACGAAAUACCAUCCAUGUUCUCAAUCAUACACAUCUAUUAAAUUGCAUAACGUGACGCUUUCCUUUUAAGCCACGAUGUUUGCCAUUUUGACUAAGAUAAAAGAACGCAUUGAAGCUUUUUUGAACGAGAAGAAUGUAGUUACUGACUGUCUCAAUAAAAUCGAGGAAAAAACAGGUAUCAAGAAACGGUACUUAGCUCUCGGUGCUACAGCUGUGACUGGAGCAUAUUUAUUAUUUGGAUAUGGUGCUUCUCUACUUUGUAAUCUGAUUGGUUUUGUUUAUCCUGCAUAUUUCUCUAUUAAAGCCAUAGAAAGUCCUGAUAAGGAGGAUGACACACAAUGGCUGACAUACUGGGUAAUCUACGGCAUCUUCAGUGUGGGUGAAUUCUUCUCUGACAUCUUCCUCUACUGGUUUCCUUUCUACUAUGUAUGUAAGUGCCUGUUUCUGUUAUGGUGCAUGGCUCCAGUCUCCUGGAAUGGUUCUCAGAUUCUAUACAGGCGUGUGGUGCGGCCAUUUUUCCUGAAGCAUGAAGCCAAAGUAGACGGGAUGGUCAAUGAUAUAAGUGGAAAGGCCAUGGCAGCAGCUGAAAACGUCACAAGAGAGGUCCUUUACACUCUCGCGAGAAACCGGACUGUUGGCCCAGCUGAACCUGAUGCCAAAAGACUGCCCAGUUCUGUUCCUCCUGAACCCACUGUUGAUUAGAUGGUAGCCAGAGUGGUCUGAGGAGACAAAUCACUUGACACAACAUGCAAGAAAUGCGGCAUCAUGUUGAAGACUUAACAUGACAGCAGUAUCAUAGUCUCGAUGUAAAGGCCUCAAUGAGUGAAUUGUAAUUCAUCUUCAUCUGCAUGAUUUUCAGGCACCCAUUGUCAGGAGUGCUUGGACUUUAAUAAUUUGGUAUAUUUAUUUAUAUUUCUAAACUGUAAAUGUCCUGAACACUUAUUUACGUCAGUUAUGUUUUGCUCACUGUAAAUAUAUAUUUCUAGCGGUGGUUUAAAUGUCUUUGGCAUUUAAAUGUAGCCAAUUACAAAUGUAGACAAUUCAAAAGAAAUGAUUGUAUUUGCUGUUUUCUCUGCAACAAUUUAUGUUGUAUUUAUGGCAUUGGGAUUUUGUAAUCUUAAUAUUAGUAUGAUAAAAUAUGUAAGACUUCAAACUCAAUAAAUUGGUUUUGUACUA